GUUGAUGUCCAGGAACUUCGACUCGACAGGCUGGCCGAGGUUUGAAGAUGUAUGAUUUAUCCUCAACCACAGUAUUUCCCGAGAGGUAGUUUUGAGCCCUGUCGGCUUGAAAGUACCUCGGUCGCAGCUUGAAAUACCAGAUGACGAUCGCAAGAGUCAAUAGGAAUGUACAUCCGAGUCCGACGCCAACACCAAGUCCCACCUUUGCUUGCGGUGAUAUUGUACCGCUAUUGCUCGGAUAUAAGGGUGUAAUGGGUGAUGUGGUAGAGAUUAACGAAGUCGCUGAUGUGGUAAGCGUGUCGGUUGAUGUUAGUGUUGGUGUUGUCAGUGUCGUGUUCGCUGGCGUUAAGUUCACUCCAGUUGGUGCCAAUGCCUCGCUAGUUGGUCUCGAUGCUGGGAUAACUGACACCGUUGUAGAUGAUGAUGAUGUUGAUAAUGACAAUGUUGUCGUUGUUGUUGUCGAAUCUUUCGCCCUUUUACUGAUAUUGAAGUAAUGGCU